GCCACUGUGAUUGGCAUCAUCCUCUCAUCAGACAAGACCCAGCUUGUGAAUUUUUGGUCAAAUUCUACCACAUGGCCUGUCUACAUGUCUAUUGCCAACAUUCACAAGGAUUACUGGCAAAAGAUCAGCAACUGUGCCAUGGUUCUUCUUGGAUAUCUCCCCACAGCCAAACUCAGGGAAAUUGAGCACACCACUGACUGUACUAUUCAACUUCAUGAUCUGUUUCACCAUUGCAUGGCUCAGUUGCUCCAAGAGCUUCAUACUCUUGGGGCUGAAGGAAUUAUGAUGGUCUGCCCCAAUAAGCAGCUUUGCCAUCUUUACCCUAUCAUGGUCUCUUAUGUUGCAGACCAUCCAGAGCAGUGUCUUGUCAUUGGCUGCAGACAGAACUGGUGCCCCCAGUGUCUUGUCAAUUGGAAGGAGAGGGAUUAA